GAGAUAAACGCUUUUUGUGGAUAGAAUCUGAUAAUUCUCUGUUAGAUGACCACACCGUGUUGGCAGCUCACUCAAUUGUACUUCUGUGACUAUUUCGAGACGCAGCGGUGCAGUGGAGGGUCGCACGCUUUCCUCUCUCUCGUGUGCGUGGUGUAUUGUUAGUGGACACCCCAUUCAGGCAACUGUCCAGUCGAGGGGCGCAGCUUUUUGACGCUGGCCGUGAGUCUUGGGAAGCGCAAAUUUCUGGAUUUUGGAUGUCUACAAUUAUUUCAGAAUCGUCCGCUCCGCUCGCUAAAUGUCCGUAUAUGCGAGGACCACAAUAUUCAGGAUUUCUCUUGCAGUCGAUAGCGUUGCCUGUUAUCUACGUUAGCGAUCGGUACAACUGGUAACGCUCGGUCGAGCAACACUGGCUGUGUCUUGACUCUUGGCUCAACCAGUACUGCCUGUGAGGUAUACUGGACCUGAAUUUCCACAAUGGGAGACUCCAGCCCACUGCCACGACAAGACUCCAACUCAUCGUCCAGUCCGGGCACCAGCCGUCGUCCCCGCAUCCUAGGCCGUCAGUAUCAGCUACUGCAGAGGCUGGGGCAGGGUAGCUUUGGCGUUGCCUAUAUGGUCAAAGAUAUCAAGUCGGACAAGAAUAGUGACGACAGCCUGAAGGUGUUGAAGGAGAUCUUCAUUGGUGAUAAGCUGCCAGAUAAUGGACUGGAUGCCGUGAGAGAGGCCAAACUACUCUCUAAGCUGAGUCAUCCCAACAUUGUCAAAUAUCACAGCAGCUUUGUGCAAGGUGAAAUGUUCUGCAUUGUCACGGAGUAUUGCGAUAAUGGAGACCUUAACAUGCUGGUCAAGCGUGUGCGCAAGGAAGGCAAGCGCUUCGAAGAGAAGCUCGUUGUCACCUACUUCGUACAGCUGCUAAUGGCCAUCAAGUACAUGCAUGACAGGAAACUACUACACCGAGACAUCAAGGCGAGUAACAUCUUUCUGCGAAACAACGUGAUCAAGCUAGGCGAUUUCGGCAUCACACGUCUUCUGGAGCGCACCACGGACAUGGCAUCGACAUUCACCGGCACACCUAACUACAUGAGUCCAGAAGUGGUGCAACACCAGGGAUAUAACUCGAAGUCUGAUAUCUGGUCAGUGGGAUGUGUUCUGUAUGAGAUGUGCGCACUGAGUGUGACCUUCCAGGCCGGGAAUCUCCUAGCGUUGAUGAAGAAGAUAGUGUAUGAGGAUGCACCUACACUGCCUCGUACCUACAGUCCCGAUCUCUGUGACAUCUUCAACAUGAUGAUGGAGAAAGACACGGCGAAGCGAGCGUCUGCGUUGACUCUUCUGCGCCAUCGCUACAUCGUCAAGCAUGUCUCGAACUUGAAGGAGCAGAUCCUAGACCAACAAACUGCGGCCGAGAAGGACACGUCCGAAAUAGUACAAGCACUCUCCGGAUACUCGCACAGCCGCAAGCAGAGGCGCCAGGAAGUGGAGUCCAAAGCGGAGGCCACACACGACGACCCAGUGGGAGAUUCCGCUGGAGACAGGGAGCGCUCCGCAAUAUCGCCACCCUCUGCUGUGGCGGCUGCAAGCAAUGGCUCGCCGACAACAAAGGGAAAGAAACGAGCACCAGUAUCAGCUGGGAAGACUGCAUCCAGCAGCGGUAAGGCAAAGACACCAGGAUCUGCAAAGAGCAAACCUCUCCAGAAGGAUGAUGUGUCUCGCUCACCAAGGAGCAGUGCAAAAGCGGCGGCAUCCCCAGCAAAACCAAGCAGUGGCGCUAACAAGACGCCUAAGAAGAAGAAAGUUGAAAAGCUCCCUGCCAAGGUUAUGACCCCCAGGGAGCAACUGCAGCAGAGGAAACGCCUCAAAGCCGACCAGGAAGCCGGCAGACUGAAGGUAGAGGGUAGAAAGUACUACACUGAGCAGAAGAGGACUUACGCCGAGAACCGAAGACAGAACAAUGUCAAGCGGCCACCGCCCUGGGUUGCCGAGAAUCCAGAUAUCUGCGAGAGCGGCACCCUCUUCUCGAUCACUCACCCAGCUCCCGACGACGACGAUGAUGACAGUGAUGCAAUGUGUCCAGUCUCUCCACCACAAUCACCCAGGAACCGCCAUCAUCCGAAUGCCCCGGCGGGCAAGAAAGCUCUCUCGGCAUCCGGCAACAGCAGCAGCGGCGAGCGUCAGUUUCUCAGUCAGCAUGACUAUGAUGAAAUGCCCGUCGGAGGUUCGCCGUCCCCUAGACCCUCGCAAUCACGAACUCCCGACCGGGCGCAGGACCCAUCCGUGAAGAAAUCCCUCUUCCAGGACUCGUCCAAACCGGCUGCGCAUGCUGAGAGUUCCAAGCUCCGAUUCGACGGCAAAGGCGGGCAAGAUCCGGGCGACAUCACCUUCUCAGAUUUGACCCUCGAUGAUGUCACCGUUGAGGGGAUUUCCUCUGCCGGCAUGCAGUUAGCGCAGGCAGUGUCGAGUCCGAGGGGAAGAGGUGGAGCAUCGCCGCACUAUGUUGAUCCGACCAGCACCCAUUAUAUACCGGAAGAUCCAGACGAGGCUGAUGAGCUGUACACACGGGAAGCUGAUUUCGAGUCUGAUUCGGAUGGCGAGAUUUCAGGCAAGCCCAUCAUGGCUGCGGCGGGUUCCGACGCGGACAGCAUUGAAGACGAAAUCACUGGCGGUAAUGGCCGCGUCGGUGGUGGUGGUGGCGGUGGCAGUGAUGGCGAGGAAGAAGAGGACGAUGGGCGUGACGACAUGGCUGCAUUGGUCGAUUACAUGAACAACGCCCUUGAGCUAACCAUGCAUGCUGAUGAUGAACUGCAGAGUAUGUCGGCAUCGCAGCGUACGUUUCACGACCUGGAUUCGUUGUCCAUUUCCGACCCACAGCAGAAGAUUCAGCAGCUGAGAGCUGAUUGCAUUCAGGUGCUGGGCGAGGAGGACUUCGUCAAGGUCUACAAAUUCCUACAGUCGGCUCACUUCGGUCCAGUGCCACUCGGCGAGGCAGAGCUGAGAGCUGGCCUGGCGAAGCUGGUGUCGUCCGUCCGUGACUGCUUCCGUGUUGAGCAGCUGAUUUUCCUGGAACACGACACAACAAUGAAAUGAAGCUGCUGCCUGCCACGACGUGACUGACCAGCAAGAUGAAAUCCAGUCUCAUUCUGGUCUGAGCAGCAGGUGGUGUUGUGUGGUUCAUGUUAGUGGUGAUCAUGGAUGACGAGGUUUAGUUCUUCUAUCCGCGUUGUCAUCCCGUGGAAGAGUGUCGCUAUACACCGAUGUGUUGAAGUUGUCUGUUCAUCUCGCCCGCCUGCAUGUGACUCGAGGCACAUGCAUAACCGAGCUACUGGAUACAUGUGACUCCAAUGCAGACAUGGGCGAGCAACUGGGUGCAUGUGACGCCAAGUGCAGGCAUAGAUGAUUGACUGGAUGCCUGUGGCUCGAGGCACAGACUGGACGCAUGGACAUGCACGACCGCGAUUGAGCCGCACUACUCAGUACUCUGCAUGCAGACAGACUACACGGUGCUGACAUCCGUAGAAUCUGCAUGUGCAGUAUGGAUUGCCGCUUGCAUGCCUUGUCCGGCUAUACCACUGCUGUGUGUAAGGCGCCAAUCUGCCGCUACAUGCAUGGGGCGUCGGCCACGCUACGGUAACUACGGCAUUGACCGUACCACCAUUUGCCCCAGUUACCCCCGCGAAUCGAUAGAAAUAUAAUGCCCUGAUUUGGGCUCUAAAUUUUCAAAAAUUUUAGCAGAGCCCCCACCCCUCCACCUGGAGUAAACCUUAGAUUGUUGACCGUACCACUCGAAAGUACAUUCCGUUGCCCCUGGGUCGGGUACACAGCUCUGACUGCGGGGUUAGGACAGUGCUACGCAACUCCAACUGCGCACACCGCACUAUUAGCGUAAUCAAGAGUAGUAACUGUUGUAAGCUCCGAAGAGUGUGCAACUCCUGAUACCCUUUCUAUGGGGUUCGCCGACGGCGAAUUCUCACAUCACGUGGUACAUGUAUAGUAUUGCCAUUGUACAUUUCCAGCCAGUUUUAGCGAGCAGUGAAGUAAUAAAAUUAGCACUUCCUGCACAGUAAUGAUAACAACAGCUAGCUGGCAGCAGCCCCAAUAUUUUUUUACAGUGCUUGAUUUGCACCCGAUUUACCUUCAUUCUGACACCUUUCUAGAAGUAUUUGAAGUAUA